GAGGUCACUUGGAUGGCACAGGGACGGCUCGAUCGUCAGCGCCAUUUUCAGCCUCUCGGACCUCGACGAUUACAUCGGGGGCGGCACGAUGUUCAGGGACGGCAUGUGCUACGCGCCCGACAAAGGCAGCGGGAUCGUCUUCGCCGGCCAGCGCCUUCACCAGGGGCUCAAGAUACAGGGGGGCGAGCGCUACAUCGCCACGCUAUUCUUCCGGUGCGGCGACCUAUCCUGCCGCAAGGAGGCCGUCGCGUUCGACAGGCAGUGCGUGGCCAGGAUUCAAGGCGAAGACGAGGACGAAGGUGGUGUCGUGGGGACCCUCGUCGGCACGCUCGGCGGCAUGAUGGGCUGGCGCGUGGAGAACGACACGGGGAAGCGGGACGGGAUGGGCUCGUGAGCGCCCCCGCGCCGCGUCCAUGCUCCCCUCUCCUGCCGUC